AUGCACUUCAUCCUCCUCUUUGCAGCCGCACUGAGCGCAUCUGAAGGUGGGGAGCCGAGGACUUCCUGUCCCGCUCCGUGCAGGUGUGAAGGUGCUGAUGUGGACUGCGUGGAUGUGGGUCUUAGUGAUGUUCCCCUGAAGCUGAGCAAUUCCACCUCCAGCCUUGUUGGAGGAGGGGUGAAGGUGGGCUCUGGCCACGUGCAGGCUGCCUGUUUGCGGUUGGAUCAAGACUCUUUGUCAGACGGCUUUGUCCCCACAGCGCAUGUCAACGCCAUAAAUGAUACCAUUCCCCCAAAGAAUGUGUGGACCUCCCUGAUCGACAGACUGCUGCCAAUCGGUGGCUUUCGACUGGAUGCAAACUUCAUUGCCCAUUUGCCUCCUGCCUCCUUUAAGAACCUGAAGUCCCUGCGUCACCUGUGGCUGGAUGACAAUACCCUGACGGAGGUUCCUGUUGUCGCUCUCGCUGGUCUGGUGAAGCUGCAGGCGUUGACUCUCGCCCUCAACAACAUCAGCUUCGUCCCCAACAGGGCCUUCACCUCGUUGACUCAACUAGUGGUGCUACAUCUCCAUCACAACCAGAUCCACUUUUUGGGUCAGAUGUGUUUUAAUGGACUGGACAACCUAGAGACCCUGUACUGCCGCCGUGACGCAGACUCGUCUUUACAGGAAACCUCUGAGGGGGGGUUAGACUUAAAUGAGCCACCACUGCAGUUCAAACAGCCUCAUGUGGAGCAUCACAGUGUGUGGCCACACAACGGCCCGCUGACAAUUACCCUCAAUCUAACAUGCACGUGUUUUCCUGACUGUUUGGAUGCAGCCCUCGCUUCGAGCCAUGUGGAGCGUCAGACAGGACACACAGCUUUCAUUACUCUGCUAGAUCUGAGCUUCAACAGGCUCAACAGUUUUCCUGCAGCCGUCACAGCUUUAAUUAACCUGAAGGAAAUAAAUCUCCAGAACAACAAGAUCACUUAUGUUCCAGAGAACGCCUUCAGUGGAAACCCAUCCCUGGAGACGAUAAACAUCCUGAACAACCCUCUUCUGACAGUCGGACACUCGACCUUUAAGCACCUGCAGCACCUUCAGACUCUUGAUUUGUCCUUCAGCUCGGUGGACGGUCUGCAAAGCCUCCAACACCUGAAACUGUCUGGGAAUCUGCAGCUCAGGGUUUCCCUCUGGCAGCACCACACCAUCAGGGCUGCAGAACCAACAGACGGCGUCCAAUGUUUUGUGUUGCCUCCUUGCAUAAAGUUAAUAAAUCCUGACAGCGUGGACACUAUAAGUCAAAGCCGACGCUACUGGACUCUUCACUUUAACAUCUCCUUCAUCUUCAUCCUCUCCAUCAUUUUCAACUCUCUGGUCCUGCUCUCCAUCAUUUUCUCCUCAGCAGCUGAACCUCCAGACUCUCACCCUUUCGUCACCGCACUCUUCUGCCUCCGCUUCAUCAUCGCUGUCGUCGCCGUCACCGUGGACUGUUUUGGUGAAGUCAGGCCAACAGGAUGUGGACUCCUCAGCUUCCUCUUCACUCUGUCCUCUCAGGCUUCUGUCCUCCUCAUGAUGGGGGUCGUCUUUAAAGUCCAGAUGAACACCUGCAGGAGGGUCUGGAGCUUCUGCUUUGGUUUUAUCCUCGCUAUCACUGCAUUACCUCUGUUUAUUAUGGAGGAGAAAACCCUCUGUUCUUCCUGUUUUCUCCUCAGACUCUCCACGUGUUUGGGUUAUGUCACAGCUCUGGUCGUUCUCAACACUUUCUGCUGCCUGUUCUCGGCUGUCACUCACAUUUUUAAUCGCCGCCAUCAGAGCAAAGCUUCGUUCAACUCCAGCGGACUUCACGAUGACGCCACACCUGUUUUGCUGACCUUCCUCCUCCUUAUAAACACUUUACUCCUCUCAUGUGCCUCCUUCAUCUGCAUCUCCUCCCUCCUCUUCCUCCCUGAUGUGGAUGCCUGUACAUCUGCAGGGUUGAUCUUCAUCACAGCCCUCCACACUGGUCUGGAUCCACUUCUGUAUCUGAUCCUCAGACCGUGUUUCAGGGAAAAGUAUCAGAUGUCAUACAAGCUGAAAAGUGUGAGCUCAGAGAAAAUAUCCUGUGAUUUAACACAAAGCGUUGUCUCUGUUUCUCUGUAA